AUGAUUCAACCAUCUAAAAAGGAAUUAAAGGUAGUAUCUAAUUUAAUAAAACUGAAUUUUUGAGCCAAUAAUCAAUAAAGCUCAGAAAAGCAAAUUUAUUCAAUCCAAUUUAAGGAUUAAAAAUAAAAAUAGGGUUAUUUAAAGCAACUAAAAAUAAUCGACUUUAAGUGCAGAAAAAAAGUACAGUUCUCCAAAAAUCAAAAUGUAUAAAUAAAGUGGAUCCUCAUGUUUCUUUUAAUUGUGAAGAAUAUAUUUCGAAAAUAAAUAAUGGAAUUAAAAUAUAAUGAGAACACAAUAAUCUUCUCCACCUAAGAAAGGCAUAUUUGA